AAAAAUUCCGUCGCUACUUGAUCCUAUGCUCAUCUCAGUUCCCACAAAACGAGUGGGCUCGUUUAUGAAAUAAACAGUCGAUUCUCCGAGUAGAAAGGAAGAACCCUAAGUGGAUCGUGAUCGAGAAGCGAUUCUGGAAUUAUUGUCUUGAUUUCUUCUCUUACUGAUAAAGAAGCACCUUAAUCUUUUUCUUGGUAUCCUAUUUUCUUAUUGAACAGAUUUGAUGGCCUUCAAUUAAUGCCUUUUCGGAAUUCUGAUUUCUGACUAGUUCGUCUCACCUACCAUCAAUACAAGCCUUUUGCUAAAAUUAAGUAAAAUUUCCAGAUAAUCACUAUUAUGGGUGAUUUUUCAAUUCAGAUUAGUUCUAACCUUGUUAAUAGACUUACUGAUGAUGGUGAGAAGUUAAAGAGGAAACCAAAGAAAACUAAAACUAAGGUACCCCGAGAAUUUGUCCAUCCCGAAACUAAGGUGAAUGAAAAGCAACUUUGUGAUGAUCCUGAAACACUCAAAGGGGUUCCUUCUAUGGGACGGCCAGUACAACAUCCAUUGUUCUUGCCAGUAACCCCACCAGCUCAUUCUGCGAACACAGAGUUAGAUGCAAUUAGAUCUGUCAUUCAAGAAAGUGAAAGGAUUCUGGAAAAGUUGCAGAAGCAGGAGGAUAGCAUGGUGCAAGAAGUAACUGAAAGAGCCAAGGAUCUUCGUGAUAAGGAGUUCAAGCUUCCGUAUCAGAAGCCUAUGCCCUGUUUGGCUGAUUAUGAAGCUUGUCGGGAUUGUUACAAGGAGCAUGGUAAUGAUAUACUGAAAUGUGCCCCUCUGACUAGGAGCUAUUAUGAUUGUGUUCGCAGAGUCAAGCAGCAUUUUGGAUUUGAUUACGGAUCUUAUAUUCAGGCAGACUGGAGAAAUGAUCGAGCAAAAUACUUUUUCUUUGUUUCUUCGUGGGAGCAGGUUCAAAAAAAUUGUCGUUCAUAUGUUCUUUGGAGUAGAGCAACUGGAACUGAAAUGUUUGCCCAAGUACAUUGACAAGGAGCUGACUAAUAUCUCGGUUCUUCGAUUCUAUGAAUUUUUUAGUGUAAUUCUAUCUUUCACUUUUCUUGAUGAUGACUUGGUUGAAAUUGUCCGGGAAAAACGUCCAAGCUAGUGGCCUAGUUAUUUGAGCAUUAUUUAGAUGGUGAGCGCUUUAGGGUAAGGACGUGUAAACAAACUGAAUUUUUUAAUGCUGAAUUUAUUUACAAACACAAAAA